CCUUCUUUCUCUGCAAAUUACUACACCUACAAUGCAAAUGCUUUCUCUCUCACAUUUCUUGAUUCUGAUCCUCUCCACUCCUUUCCUCCUCUUCUUCCUCCACAAAUGGCGCCGCAGCCACGCUCCAUCCUCCCGAAAAAGACCACCGCCGUCUCCUCCAAAGCUCCCGGGGUUGGGGAACCUCCACCAGGUGGGCCCACUCCCCCACAGAUCCCUCCAGUCCCUCUCCCGCCGCCACGGAUCCCUCAUGCUCCUCCACUUCGGCAAGGUCCCCGUCCUCGUCGCCUCCUCAGCCGAGGCGGCGCGUGAGAUCAUGAAAAGCCAGGACCUGAUCUUCGCAAGCCGGCCCAAAAUGAGCAUCCCCGCGAGGCUCCUCUACAACUGCAGAGACGUGGCGUUCGCGCCCUACGGAGAGUACUGGCGCCGGAUCCGCAGCGUAUGCGUGCUUCAUCUCCUGUGCGGCAAGAGGGUCCAAUCCUACCGCCGCGUGAUGGAGGAAGAGACGUCCCUCAUGGUCGACAAGAUCAGGUCUUCAUCGACGGGCGUGAUCAACCUGAGGGACGCGGUGGCGUCGAUGACGAACGAUGUGAUCAGCAUGGUGGCGCUGGGGAAGAAGUCCGGCGCCGGAGAGAGGAAUUUUCACAGAAUUAUAGCGGAGUUCGAGGAGCUGUUGGGGGUUGUACCUUUGUGGGAGUACAUUCCAUGGCUGAGUUGGAUGAGGAGGUUUGAUGGUGUGGAUGGGAGAAUUGAGAGAGUGGCUAAAGCAUUGGAUCAGUUUUUGGAGAGUGUGCUUCAAGAGCACAGGGAUAGAGAAAGGAGAGAGUGUGAUGGUGAUGAGUUGGAUUUUGUUGACAUAUUGCUUGAUUUUCAGAGGGAGAAUGGGAGUGGCUCUUCUGUUGACGAUAAUGCUAUCAAAUCUAUCAUCCUGGAUAUGUAUGCUGGUGGAACUGAUACAACAUCCACAACUCUUGAAUGGGCGAUGACAGAGCUUAUAAGGAAUCCAACAACCAUGAAAACACUUCAAAAUGAAGUGAGAAAAGUAGUGGGAAACAAGGUCGAAAUAGAUGAGAAAGACUUAGAGAAAAUGCUCUAUUUAAAAGCAGUGACAAAGGAAAGUUUGAGGCUGCACCCACCGAUCCCAUUACUAGUUCCUCGUGAAUUAACUCAAGACACAAAAGUACUAGGCUACGACAUCGUAUCCGGCACACGCGCCUUGAUCAAUGCAUGGGCAAUUGCUAGGGAUUCGUUGUUAUGGGAAAAACCUGAACAAUUUUAUCCGGAGAGGUUCCUUGAGACGGACAUAGACUACAAAGGUUUGCAUUUCGAGCUGACCCCGUUUGGGUCAGGUAGAAGGGGUUGUCCAGGUGUUACAUUCGCAAUGACAGUCUAUGAGCUUGCUUUAGCAAAGUUAGUGCUUAACUUCGAUUUCGAAUUGCCUAAUGGAGCAAAGAUGGAACAGUUGGAUGUGAGUGAAUCUAGUGGACUCACAAUGCAUAAAAAGUUUCCUUUACUUGUAGUAGUUUCUCCUCAUACUUGUUAAGUACUAUUUCUCGAUAAUGUUCAUAAGAAUAAUUUUUUUUUUUACUUUGCUUGUAAUAAAUAUAUCUCCAUUUUAACAUUA